AUGGAAAUCUCCUUCCAAUUGCAAAGCAACAAUCCAAUGCUGCAAAAGGCAAGGCCAAAGAAAAAUUCUCAUAGUAGUUAUAUGAUUCAAACUAUUUCAUGCAGAGGUGAUGGGUUAGAGAGCCAUGCAAAGAAGGCUAACUUUUAUGAGGUACUUUCUCUUGGUUCUGAAAAUAACAUAGACUUGCAUGACAUAAAGAAAGCCUACAGAAGCAUGGCUCGUCAAUUUCAUCCUGAUGUUUGUGCUCCGUCGGCAAAAGAGGAGUCUACCAGAAAAUUCAUUGAGCUUCAAAAAGCAUAUGAAACACUUUCCGACCCGGUUUUGCGUCAAAUGUAUGAUUAUCAGUUGAGUUUGGCUGACUCUUCGUUAGGGUUAGGGGUGGAGGGAUUUUGUAUGGAGGUUAAGAGAUCCAUAUUUCAAAGGGAAGUGUGGGAAGAACAACUUCGUGGAUUGCAUAAAAGAUCACAAACCAGAAGGGAAAGGCGGUCCAUGCAGAAUUAAUAUUUUAUUAUAUUUGUAAUGCAAUGUUUUACUAAUAUUUUCGUAGUAUCAUUUGUAAUUAUUUGUGCAAACAGGAGCAGCAGAGCUUUCUCUUUGUUAAAUUUUACUCGAAAAGGGGCUUCAUUUUAGUAUCUAAAUGAUAACAUAAGGAACAAAAUGAUCUCUUCUUUUUUUAUUUUAUGUAUUACGUUCUUUACUUUACCAAACUCAAAAUACAACUAAAACAAACAACCGACAAACUGAAAACAAGAUUUGAAAGUUGAAUUGAAGAAAGAAAUUAAAAAUAAUAAGCAAAGUAAAAUCACAACGCAAUGAGGGAUAAGAUUUAUUUAUUUUUUUUUUUUUGAACAAAAGAUAUUAUCUACACUGAGGGAUGGGGAGUGGGCGAAGUUCUACACUAGGUUAGCCAUAAUAAUGUGAUUCAAAUUCUCAAUUCGCGAAAAUCAAACAUAAGACCUCUUAUUUACAAGUAAAAAUGACCACUAGACCAUACUAGUCACGAGAUUUUUGAAACUAGUUUUUUAAGAUUAGGGCAAUGACUUCAUCAUAACU